GAAUGUGUUUGGCAUAGAUUAGAUAGGCGGCUGAGAGUCGAUGCAGUUUCAGUUGUGUUCCUGCUGAAUCGUGUUGUAUGAUAUAUGACGAGUAAACAACAAUUUCGUAUUCAAACGCUGUGAUGGUUUUAUCUUAAAUGCUAAAAUGCCAGAGUAUAUGAAUGUGACAGACUUCCUGGCCGAGACCAGAGAAGAUUACAAUUCACCAACCACUGCCACUUUUGUGAACAAGAUGCAACUUUGUCGUCAGACUGUGUCAAGCUUGGAAGAGUCACUGGACCAAGACCGACAAGGUCUUUCGAAGAUGAAAAAGGGGAUUAAGUCAAUUUGCAACACAGGAAGCACGUAUGUACAGAAUGAAUCAUACCUAGUUGAGACACUCAGCAGACUAGGAGAAAAUGUCUUCCCAAGUCCGUUUGACUGUGAAGUCGAGGCAGCCUUCAUGAAGUUCUCGGUGAUCACGAGAGAGCUGUCAGCACUGAUGAAGACGCUCAUGCAGAAUCUGAACAACAUAGUCAUGUUUCCUCUGGAUACGCUGCUAAAAGGCGACCUCAAAGGAGUGAAAGGAGAUCUGAAGAAGCCAUUUGACAAGGCUUGGAAGGACUACGAUGCUAAAGUGACGAAGUUGAAAAAGGAGAAAACGCAGCAGGCAAAGGAGGCGGGAUUAAUCCGAACUGAGUUCACACCUGCUGAGCUAGCAGAGGAAAUGGAGAAGGAAAGACGGAUGUUUCAGCUGCACAUGUGUGAGUACUUGAUCAAAGUGAACGAAGUGAAGACAAAGAAAGGCGUGGAGCUGUUGCAACAUCUCGUGGAAUACUACCAUGCCCAAAACAACUUCUUCCAGGAUGGGUUGAAGACGAUCGAGCACUUUAGCUCGUACAUCAGCGACCUGUCGAACACUCUCACCGUGAUCAAGCUGCGGCAGGACGAGGAGAAAAAGCAACUGACCGAUCUCAGGACUCUGCUCAAAGCCGUGUCAUCACUCGACAAAGAGAGCCAGCCAGCUGGAGUGCCUCAUGGCUAUAGUCUGCAUCAGCUGCAGGGCAACAAGCUGCAUGGCUGCUCCCGCGUCGGCUACCUGUACAAGAAGAGUGAGAGCAAGAUGCGCAAGACGUGGCAGCGGCGUCGCUGCAGUGUGCUCGAUGGCUUUCUGUACAUCAACCACUCUGACGAGCAAAAGAGCCCGGUGAAACUCAAUCUGCUCACAUGCCAAGUGAAAACUGUGCCCGAAGAUAGGCGGUGCUUUGAUCUAGUCUCACACAACAGAACCUACCACUUCCAGGCCGAAACUGAGGGAGACAUGGAUGCGUGGAUGUCAGUGCUAAUCAACAGCAAGGAGGAGCAGCUAAACAAAGCAUUCAGUCAUGGCGAGAAAGGUGGCGGCCCCAACGACAGCUUCAUGGAACUACAGGCGAGCAUUGUGAAAGCUGCCAGGAACCAACCUGGCAACGAUCGCUGCUGUGAUUGCAAUGCAAAAGAAGGAGUAACGUGGCUGUCGACGAACUUUGGCAUAUUGGUGUGCAUCGAAUGCUCAGGGGUGCACAGAGAAAUGGGAGUGCAUGUGUCGCGUGUGCAAUCUCUAGACCUGGACCACGUUGGAACCUCACAACUUCUGCUGGCCAGAUAUGUGGGAAAUGCAAUGUUCAAUGAAAUCAUGGAGGCAUCACUCCCUGAGCUUCACAAGCCUAAACCUACUAGUCCAAUGGAAGAGAGGAGAAAGUUCAUACAUGCCAAGUACGUAGAGCGACGCUACUGUGUGAAGACCUGCACAUGUGAGGAAGACAUGGCACAGGAUCUGCGCCAGUCUGUGUUAGCAAGGGACAUGCCGUCUUUGCUGCAGUCAUUCGCUGAGGGUGUGGAUCUCAUGGUUACCCUGAGCGAGACGGAACGAGCAGACACGGCUUUGCAUUUAGCAGUGUCUAGGGAGGAUGGCACUUCAAUACACAUCGUAGAUUUCCUAGUGCAAAACAGUAAAAACUUGGAAAAGCAGAACAUGGAAGGUGACACAGCAUUGCAUGUCAGCGUACGCUUCAACCAAUCUGAGUGCAUGCGGUUGCUGCUACGAUCGGGAGCCAAGUGGAAUGCAGAAAACCGAGAGGGCAGGACCCCAUUAGAUAUAGCAAGAGAGAAGGGCUACCGAAUUUGUGAGGAGCUGCUGCAGUUUGCGAUGUCAGGGAAGAAAGAGCAGUUUGAGAACAUAAAUAUUGAUUGGGGACUCAUCCACGAGGACCAGAUAUCAGACCAAGUGGACUUCAGUGAUGAUGAACUGGAUGACAGGACGACUCCUGAUAGGGGGAGCCGGCGCUUCAUGAUCGAUGACUCGCCAGGUAGUCGGCGCCGGUCAAUCCAUCCUCCCUGUCUGCCUGGCAGUGCUGACAAAACCUCGCCACUAUCUCAGAGGAACAUAAUGGGACCACCUCCACCACCACCCGCGAAGAGCAAACCCGGAGGUGCGAUCUUGUCAUCACAGGGUAGCCUUCGCAAGCGCGCACCAAAGCCGCCAGAUCUUCCAAAAGCAUGCAAGGCAAACAAUGGAGAAUCAAAAAAGUACCACCGCUCAACAUCUGACCCCAACCCAUCAUCCUCCCCAGAGCUGCCACCCCCGCCGGCAGUGUCCUCACGUGCUUCCGUUGCUCAGACAGGUGUAUUUGUUUUACCACCACCUCCUGAAUUCCAAAACAAAGGCGGUGAAAGGCUGUCAUCCGUUAGUCUGCGACUACACGGGGAUAGAGUGAGCAUCCCCGUUAUGCAUACAAAGCCUCCAUUGAAACCACCUGUAAAAGAGAAGCCAUCAAUGCAAUUGAAACCAUUAUCGACCGAGAAACCAGCCGUUCAGGAAAAGCCAAAGUGCAGAACGCCAAGUCUCAAGGCGCACUCUCUACCUCUUCGGCCACUCAAUUUGUCUCCAACAAACAAGCACAGCAGCAGUGAGGGGGAAACCGGUGCAGCCACCGUAGCAGACACGGCGAAACCAGUCCGCAGCAGCGAGCCCACCUUGAACGGUGUCAUCCCAUCAGUCUCAUCUUCAUCGCGUAACUCGACGGGGAACUCUCUCUCCGACACGCCGACCACACCCACCCCGGCUCCUAGGAAGAGAGUUGAUUCACCAAAGCAGAAAAGGUGCCAAGCACUGUAUGACUGCGAGGCAGACAACGAGGAUGAGCUCUCAUUUGUAGAGGGAGAAGUCAUUGUCAUUCUCAACGACAAAGUAGAAGAUGAAAACUGGAGGGAGGGAAUGAUUGAGGGCGCUUCUCACAGGAGAGGCUUGUUCCCUGUUAGCUUCGUGCACAUGCUUGCUGAUUGAUGCUCCGUACUUCGUUGACACUAUCGUGGUGGUGGCCUUUUAGUAUGAAAGGCACUGCGUAUUUUCAACGUUUCAUCUGCACGACAGCAUAAACCUGACUGGUAGACUAUAAAAAAAAUUGAAUGUCAUAUGCUAUUAUUAGCAAUUAUCCAGGUAGUUGUCACAAACCUGUAGAGAAUUGGCUGUUAUAUUGGUACUCUACAGAACAUAUGACUAUGUAUACCCAUGCUAUCAGGAGUGAAUAAAAACAUCUAUUUUGUUUUUAUUCAUUACUGGUGUCAUGAUCCAUAUCUAUGCUACACAUAGUGUGUAAAUCAUAAUAGGUUUGACCGUGAACCUAUGUAGUUUUACAAGAAUAGCUCAGUAAAUACCGCCACAAACCUGUCUGGCAGCAUUCCCAGGGCUGUACUGUUAGAGCUGAAAUUUGAGUAUACUUACAUAAGUCUGAUGUGCAGCAUGGCUUAUUCCCGGGUGGCCUACUCCCAUUUCGCCUACGGCAAAAUUCCCAUUUCGCCUACAGCAAAAUUCCGAGUUGGCCUACACCCA